AGUGAUUUCAAUUAUUGAAAUUUUGAGACUUGUUUUAUGGUACAGCAUAGAUCCAUCUUGGUGAAGGUUUUAUGUUCCAUUACUUACAAAGACUGUAUACUCUACAGUUGUGGGGUAUAGUUGUUCUAUAAAUGUCGAUUAGGUUAAGUUGCUUGAUAGUGUUGCUCAAAUCUUUUAUCUCCUUACUGAUUUGUGGAUUUUUGUACUUGAUUCAUCAGUUACUCAGAGACAGAUGUUAUAAUCUCCAACCAUAACUGUGGUUUUACUUUUUUAUGAUCAGGCCCCUAAAGAUGCCUGUUCUGUUGUUUUUCAGUACAUCCCCUGCCCCAACCAGUCUCUGCCAUAGUAUCCGCUUCAACCAGUUAUUGUUCUAAUCCUUAGAUCAAAAACAGCUCCACCUGCUAGUUUAGCAAAGGGAAACAUCUGUCCUCAACCCAGGAGCUGUAAGGGACCCUCCUCUGUGGUUUCCCUGGUAACUGAUGAGCCAACCUGAUGUCAGUUGUCCCUUUAAAUGGUAGGCUCCUCCCACGAAGAGCUAGAUUACUGCCAGGUCCUAUCUGCUGUACUGACUGAGGUCUCACUCCAGCACCUUGCUCAGGACUUGCUCCGGUUUAUUCCUCCAGUGCAUGCUGACACUUGAAGCCCAGGUGAUUUCUGUUCAUCUCUUCAAAGUUACUAUACCAUGGCAGGCCAACUCUUCCCUCAAUGUGCACAUAGAGCUCGCUGCCGGAUAAUGCAGGAACCUCCAAAGAGCAUUGAGGAAUUCUUAAAGCUUCAAAACUGGGAUCACUGGCCAAAGGAAAUCCAUUUGAGGGAUAAUGAUAAGUUGUUACAUACUCUGAAAAAAAUAAAAGAAGAUAGUUCAUUUAUUUCAAUCUAUACGCAUCUGUGGGAAAAUGUACCACGAAUACAUGAUGCAGUCAUGGCCAUGGAGUCAAGAUUAGCAGAUUGUUCAAUUCUUUUGAAAAACCAUGCCUCUAAAAUAUUUGAGUGGAACAGCAUAAUUUCCAGGACAAGUUCUCCUGGAAAACUGAAACAAUACAGGGCAUUUCUAAAGAAGUACCAUAAGGAAAAGAAGAUAAUGCUCUCAGAUGAAAUGGAGACAAAGAAGGAUGUAGAGGGCUGCAACUUCCCAGGAUUCAGAACAGAUGAGCUUACUCAACUACCAAGACAUCUGAAUGCUGAACGAAUUUAUCUUUUUAUUUUAAAAGCUCAUAACUUCGAUGGAAAAGUUUUUAAAAUCUGGAGGGGUCAUUUUCUCUCAGAAGCCUCAAUUGCUCUUUUGCAUGAUUCCUUUUGGUGGUGGUUUCUCCAUAAAUUUAAGCCUGACAGAGAAAGUCAAGAUUUCCUGUUUGAUAGAAUAUCAGAAAGUUAUGUGGCACUUUUUAUGAGUGUACCUCAAAGUCGAAAGGAUACAUUCUUUCAGGUGUAUCCUGAUUGUUUGACACAAGCUAUCUAUGCAACAUUCCUAGAAGCAUUUCCAGAAUCCAGUCAUCUCUUUAAUGAUGAAUUUAAAGAAGAUCUGGGGAAUAACAUUUUUCUUUGGAUGUCAGGUUUAAAACCUCAAAAAGGCUUUUGGACCCACUGGAAACUGAAGGACCUCACCACAACAACCAUUCAUGGUAGCAAGAAAACACCUUCAAACUCUAUAAAAGACAGGAUUGCAAGAAGUCAAGAACGCAUAUCAAAUUCUAUAGACUUCAAUAUGAUGAAAAUUUUAGAGAACCCCAAAGCACAUGCAAUACCUGCAACCAAGGAAGAACCAAGAUUAUCAAAACUGCCAUCAAAGUCCUAUUAUAGUAGUCAUGGUCCAGAGUUUAACCGUGUUCUCUUCAACUUUGGAGGUCAGAGUCCACUGAUUUUAUAUUAUCUUAGGAUGCAUGAUCUAACUGGAAUUUCCAAAGCCUCUAGACAAAUCAAGAUUAAGCUCACUGAAAUAUUGAAAGAACCAUAUCCUUUCUUACGAUUUGCUUUAAUAUGAUGUUUAUAAAAUAUUUAAAAGUUUUAAAUUUUUUAAUGUUUCAGUUAAGAGAAAAAUUAACACAUUUUAUAACCACUGCUUUAUUUAGCAUUUAACUACAGUUGAUGCUUUUGUAGUAUGUUUGGCUAAAAGUAUUUUUUUCUUUUAGAGCUAAGACUGUGAUUUUGCAUGUAAGAAAAAUUAAACAAAUGAAAAACCAGGAACUUAAAAAACUGGUAUAUUUAGCUCUUUAGCAAAAGAUGAUUUUACAACUUUACUGUACAGUGUUCAGUUUCAAAUAUUUGUCAGAACAGUGGGUCAUGGGCUUCUAGGCUUCUCCAGAAGAAAAUUUCAAACAUGCUUGAGCUGUGUAAUUCUUUGUUCUAAUGAAAGUUUAUCAGAAUGCUUAAUGUAUAAAAUAUAAUAUAAAGGAAAAUGGAGCUAUUUGGCUCCAGAAGGGGUAUCUGCUCCAUCUGCUAACUUGUCCUGGCCUAGGUCUCACUGGGGACCUGGAUAAAGCCCAAGGGAUCCUGUACAGUGGUCUCCAAACUGGAGUGUAUAGCUCUGGACAAAUAUAUAAAUAUAUACACAUAUAUAUAUACAUGCACACACAUUCAUAUACACACACACUUAUUUUUAUCUAUUUCUAUAUUUAAAAAUAAAAAGCUUCAUUUUACUAAUAUUUAGUAGACAAGUACCCUCACUCCGUUAAUACUUCAGUUUGCACUCUACUGUGGUGAAGGAUGAUGAUGACAUCUUUGCUCUUGAGCUGUUUUCUGAGUAUUAUUGUUAUCUUUGGGUGGUUAAGCAGAUUUAGAAAUUAUAUCAUCUUGUUUAGCUAAAUUAAUACUUACUAGUAGACCAAUAGCUUUAUAAGUUUCCUUAAAAUUAACUUCGGAUUGGUGAUAAUAUUUGUAAUAUAAGAAUAAAAUUUUUUUAAAAAGCAGAAUGAUAUUUUCACUAUUUCUUGAAGGAGCUCCUUUUCAGCCACACUCAGAGACAGCCAUGAUAUACUUAACGUGAUAAAAGAAAAAAAAACCUCCAACCAAGAUUACUCUACCCAGCAAGGCUCUCAUUCAGAUUUGAAGGAGAAAUCAAAACCUUCACAGAUAAGCAAAAGCUGAGAGAAUUCAGCAACACUAAACCAGCCUUACAACAAAUACUAAAGGAACUUUUCUAGGCAGAAAAGAAAAGACAGCAACAGGAAACAAAAAUUCCACAAAUGACAAGGCUCACCAGUAAAGGUAUGUAUACAGUAAAGAUAUGAAAUCAUCCAUGCACAAUUAUACCACCAAAAUCAGAAUUCAUGAGAAGAGGUGGGUACAAAUGCAGGACACUGGAGAUGCACUUGCAAUUAAGAGAACAACAACUUAAAACAAUCUCAUAUACAUAUAGACUCUUAUAUCAAAACUUCAGAAUAACUGCAAUCUAAAAAUCUACAAUUGAUAUACAAACAAGGAAUCUCUGAAGAAGAAAUAUAUCUCAUAGUAAAUAAGUGCAUAAUCCACCAUGAAAGGGGUCAUUUGACAUCAUUCUUGGAAUGCUGAAAUCUUCUUAGAUCUGAUUCUGAUUUCCUCUCCAUCAAGAAUUUAUGAUAAUUAUAAUUAAAUAGUGCAACUGUACAAUAAAUAAAUAAAUAAAUAAAUAAAAAGGCAGAAUGAUAUUUUCACUAUUUCUUGAAGGAGCUCCUUUUCAGCCACACUCAGAGACAAAAGUAGUGGUGAUCCAAUCAGUUCUGCUGAGAUGUAGACCAAUAAAUAAAUAAAAUUUUUGAAAAGGUUGAAAUGUGCAUAUACAUAAUUAUUAUAAACAAUGAACCUAGCCCUAAGUAUGUUAUACUUCUCAAUAUUAGUAAAUGAUAGUAUGAUUCCAGUUUAAUUUGCAAGGCAUUUAAAAACCAGCUUUCUACUGGAGACCAGACUUGUGGUUGCCAAAGAGAAAGGGUAGGGAGUGGGAUGGACUGGGAGUUUGGGGUUAGUAGAUGCAACCUAUUAUAUUUAGAAUAGAUAAGGAAUGAGGUCCUGCUGUAUAGCACAGGGAACUAUAUCCAGUCACUUUGCAUAAAACAUGAUGAAAGAUAAUAUGGAGAGAAGAAUGUAUAUAUAUGUAUGGCUAGGUCACUUUGCUACACAGCAGAAAUCAGCACAACAUUGUAAAUCAACUAUACUUUAAUAAAAACAUAUGGAGAAAAAACCAACUGUCUAGACAUCAAUAAAAAUCUCUGUGAUUUGAGGAGAAAAAGUUUAGUGUACCAUUAACAAAAGUAGUGUUAAAUUUUAUAUUUAAAGUAUUGUGUUUCUGCUCACUGUUUUCUAUUUGUAGACUGCAUAUCUUUUAUACUAUGCAUAAUAUAUUAAAACAGAUUGAUGCAUAUAUAAUUUAUAAAUUUAAAAUUAUACCUAUAAAAGAUGCUGCUCAUAUAGCUUUUACUCAUGGGAUAAUUGACCCAAAAGUGUGGAGACCACUGCUCUAUCAGAUUCUCAGGAUUCUUCCCAGAACAUUUCUUCUCCCACAUUUCAGUCAAGACAAGAUCCAGAGUCUCAAUGACAACAAGCACAUGGAGAUAAGUUGGAUGGCUCUGGAACACAAGGAGAAAGGCAAACUACAGAGCUAAAUCAGUGUCAUGAGACAUGUAACUUAAGUAUAAUGCAAGGAUCCUCAUCACCUUGGAUUGUUUAAACAAAUUUUUAAAUACAAAAUUUUUAAAUGUUUAGAAGUGAAAUUUGAAAGGUGUCUAAAACCAUUCAUAAUAGAUUACGUUCAUUUUUUAACUAAUUUUUGUUAUGAUUAUUAAAAAGUCUGUGUUCACAUUUCCAGUGGGCAUGGAUUUGUCCAACAUCUCUGAAAGCAUCCAUACCACCUGUUUACUGAGAAUGUGGGAAGACUAUGAGUAUAUGUGGGGAUAAGAAAAGGAAGAGAUGGGGGUCCAAGACAUGAAACACUUUUCAUAAAAAAUCUAAACAAAAUCACUGUUUUGAAAGUAAUGUGUCUUUCUGUGAUGUUGUCUGAGCUUGUAAAAUUUAAUACCUGCUGAUAAUAAAAGGUGUUCCUAGAUCUAAUGAUGAACAAAAGAAUAAUGCCUCAUUAUUUGACAGUUUUUCAAAACGUGUUGAAUCCCCCUAUGUAUUCCCGUGGGAAAUGACAAGAGUCCUGUGACAAUGGGCAGAGAAGGCACCCAUCACAGACACUUUAUAGAUGAGAAAACAAAAGCUCAAAGAGGGUAAGAAGCUUGGCCAGGUGAUUCAUGUAGCAGAGCCAGCAACAGAGCCUUCUGCUCCCUGAACCAUGCCUACUUCCCUGACAUGGUGAUCCAAGUUAGAACUCUCCAUGAGCAUGAUACUAGGGGUUGGUGGCAGAGCCCAGAAAUGUUUUCUCCAAGAUUUUGAUAGCAGCUAUUGAAAUUUGUAUCUGUAUUUCCCAUAACUGUCUAUGAUAACUGUAUGAUCACUGAAUUUAUCUUCUUCUCACUCACAUUUUAUAUUGAAGCUAUUCAGAAUAUAGAUAAUUUUUAUUAGUUUUGUCUGGACUUAAUUGGCAUCUUCUGGCUUUCCUGAAGUGGAAAAAUUAUACUUUGCAAUGAAUGCAUCUAUACAGAAUGAAGGAAUGGAAGAAAGUAAAGAAGGAAAUAAAUUUAUAUAUAGAUAUGUAUAAUUCAUCAUAUUUUCGGUUGGCAGACUCAAAAUGGUCCCCAGUGAUCCCUGCCUUCUGGUUCAUGCCCUGUGUAAUUUCCUCCCAUUGGAUAUUGGCUAAACUUAUGACUUAACUCCUAACAAAUAGCAUAUGGCAAAAGUAAUGGAAUGUCACUUGUGAGAUUCAGUUGAAAAAGACUGAGAUGGGACCUACUCAAACUUACAAGCAAAAAAUAAAUAAAUAAACAAACAAAAUGAAAAGAUACCCUACAGAAUGGAAGAAAAUAUUUGCAAAUAAUGCUACAAACAAGGGCUUAAAUUCCAAAGUAUAUAAAUAGCUCAUACAACUCAACAACAACAAAAACAAACAAUCCAAUCAGAAAAUGAGCAGAAGACCUAAAUAGACAUUUCUCAAAAGAAGACAUAUAAAUGGUCAAGUGGCACAUGAAAAAUGUUCAACAUUGCUAAUUACUAGAGAAUGCAAAUCAAAACUACUAUGAGGAACUACCUCAUACAGGUCAGAAUGGCCAUCAUUAAAACUCUACAAAUUACAAAUUCUGGAAAGAGUAGAGAAGGGGGACCCCUCCUACACUGUUGGCGGGAAUGUAAAUUGGUACAAUAACUAUGGAAAACAGUAUGGAAGUUCUUCAGAAAACAGAAUAUAGAACUACCAUAUGAUCCAGCAGUCCCACUCCUGGGUAU